UCUCCUUAAUUAUCCCAUCGAUUAAAUUAACAAUCGAAGGUGCGUAAAGAAGCCAGUCCGAUUCGAUUUUCCAAGCCGUCGGAUUUAGCCACAAUGGGAAAUUUGCUCAGAUUAUUAUCCAGAGAAGACCCUCCAAAGUAUGAUGUCUUUGUUGAUUUCGAAAGUGCUCAACCAACAGAAGCAGAAAGAGAGACUUUUGAUAUAGUCUAUAAUAUAUUACAGCAUUCCAGAAGCAUCUUGCAAGAACUGAGUAAUUAUAGAGGAGCUGGAAAUGAAAUUCGAGAAGCCAUAGCAAAUCCAAGUAAUGAUAUUUCUCAGGAGAAAGCAUGGAAAGCAAUUCUUCCUCUUGUAGCUAAAUUAAGAGAGUUUUAUGAUUUUUCACAAAAGCUUGGUAAAUUAUUUAAAUUUUUAUUAGUUUUAAGUUUUAAUGAAAUAUUACA